AUGUCAUCAUCUUCGCUGCUUCAGCCGCGGGCAAUCAACAAGUUGUUGAUAGCCAAUAGAGGUGAAAUAGCAGUUCGAAUCCUUAAUGCUGCGCGUGAGCUGCCUGAUCCGGUCGAGACAUUCGCUCUCUACACGGCGGGCGAUCGAUCCCAUUGUGAUCUAGGUCAUCCAGACCACGCAAUCCAGAUUGCUUCGCCUACAUCCUACUUGGAUAUUACCACGUUGGUCGAGAUUGUCAAGAAACAUUCAAUCGACACCAUCCACCCAGGCUACGGCUUCCUCAGCGAAAGCGCAGAAUUCGCUCAGCGCAUGUGGGAGGAAGCUAAUGCAAUUGUGAUCGGCCCCGGCCCCGAGAACCUUGCACAGACAGGCGACAAGCUCAAGGCCAAGGCACUUGCGCAGACAUGUGGAGUUCCUGUGCUUGAGGCUAUGGCCCGGCCAACCGCUGAUGUGGACGAGGCGCGGGCUUUCGCGAGGAAGAUUGGCUUUCCCGUGAUGGUCAAGGCUGUGGAUGGAGGCGGUGGUCGAGGAAUUCGGUUGGUGCGUGAGGAUUCGGAGUUGGAGAAUAGUUUACAGCGCGCGAUCGGGGAGUCCCCUUCCAAGACAGUCUUUCUUGAAAAGGCUGCUGUGGAUGGGUUUCAUCACGUCGAGAUCCAGGUCCUUGGGGAUGGGACGGGGAAUGUACGGCAUUUGUGGGAGCGGGACUGCAGAGAUCGCGACCUCAUUUCGCGAGUCAUUGACUCGGCGCUGAGGAUGGCUAGUCAUAUCCAGUAUCACUCUCUGGGAACUUUUGAAUUCCUAGUCAGUGAACAAACUGGAGAGUUCUUCUUCUUGGAGAUCAACCCCAGGCUUCAGGUUGAGCACACCAUCACAGAGGCCAUCAGCGGAAUCGACCUGGUGCAGACCCAGUUGCUAUUGGCUCAGGGACACACGUUCGCCGAUCUUGGCCUGGGAUCGAAAGAUGCCAGCCAAGAUUUCGCUCUUAGUAUUGGGAAAAUCACAACAUUUCACAUUCCCACCGGAAAUGGGAUACGGAUUGACACCCACAUUUCCAACUUAGCGCCACUCGUCGUAGGCUCGGAUUUCGAUAAUCUUCUCGCCAAGAUUGUUGUCACUGCUUCUACUUGGAAAGCUGCUGUCAGAAAGGCUCAGCGAGUGCUUUCAGAUACAAAUAUUUCUGGGGUGAACACGAAUCUGGUCCUCCUCCGAGGGAUCGUUGCUCACGCCGACUUUCUGGCCGGUAGCAUUGAUACUCAGUGGUUAGGAAAGCAAUUACAGGAAGCCUAUAAGCUCGGAGAACAGGUCACCAAGCAAGCGGCAGGCAAAGUCUCAUCUCUCGGGGUAUCACAAAGCUCAUCAGCACCGGCAGCAGUGCCGUCUUCAAGUCUUCUAUUCCGCAAAGGUGAUGCCUGGUCCAUCACACUCCAGCCCCUCCAGCAAGCGAAGGCGCAAGGACAGCAAGUCUCUCAUCAUCUCCGACUAUCUCGAGUCUUGCGUAACGAAUUCCCAUCAACUCUUGCAGCAGAAAUUGAAUAUACAACACCUAACUCAAAGGCCCCUUUGCCUUUCCGGGUUCAGAUAGACGCCACUUCAACAACAGCCAGCGCCCUUGUAUCUUCACAUCGGCGCGGCGACCGGAAUAACCCGAGCCAUAUCGUUCUUCCUCUGUCAGGGAAAUUGAUCGAAGUGCUCGUAUCGAGCGGAGAAGACGUAGCCGAGAAUCAAGUCCUGGCAUUCGUGAAGCAAAUGAAGAUGGAGCUUGAAGUGCGGAGUCCUCGUGCUGGGAAGAUCAAAUGGGCCUACGAAAUGGAGGACGAAGAAGAAGAUGUCUCUGAGGGAAUGCUGUUGGUCGAAUUACAGGAGCCUAUUCGAGGGAAAUUAUAG